AUGAUCGGUAUAUCUGAAGAGCCCCCAAAGUCGCAUAAUGACUGGCCUAAUUAUCAAGGGUUCGAUACAUCGUACGAAGAAAGAGAGCCUGUCGAGCUAAAGGUAACUGGAAACAUUCCAUCAUGGGCUGCUGGCACUCUAUACCGCACCGGAAUUGGCAAGCGGGAGAUAGAAACAGAGAAAGGGUUGUUCCAAACACGCCACUGGUUCGAUGGCCUGGCGGUCGUCCAUAGAUUUCAAAUUCUACCACCGGAUGAGGAACAUUCGGAUGUCCGAGUCAUCUAUAACUCACGAAGCACCUGUGAUGGCCUUAUUGAGCAGAUCAGAAAAACUGGUGAACGGGACACAAUGACUUUUGCAAGGAAAUAUGACCCGUGCCAGAGCUAUUUCAAGAAGGUCAUGUCAGUCUUUAGGCCAGAUCGAGAACGGCCACCAAACGAAUACUCCAUGUCUAUCACCUUGUCUGUCGACUUCCCGGGGUUAGAACCUAAGAAAGGGAAGCUCAGCAGCGGGCAUUCUUCGGGCAUACAGGGGCUUGCAAACAAGACGGACUCUGCGAUGUUCCAGAUGUUAGAUCCAGAAACACUCGAACCGCUUGGAAUUGCGCACCAGAAAGUCCUUCACGAAGAGCUCAAAGGCCCUCUGUCUGGAGCUCAUGCGAAGUCUGAUCCGCUCACAGGAGAUAUAUAUAACUUCAACCUCGAGAUGGGGCCUACCACGACCUACCGUGUCUUCAGCGUCUCUCGCUCCACAGGCAAGACGUCCAUAUUAGCGACUAUUACAAGUGCGAGUGCAGCUUAUAUCCACUCAAUCUUCUUGACCGAGAAUUAUGUCAUUCUCUGUGUAUGGAAUUCCUUCUUUGUUGCUCACGGCUUGAAGAUCCUGUGGACUAGAAAUAUCCUUGAUGCCAUUGGAGAAUAUGACCCGUCUCGUCCUGCGAAAUGGUAUGUCAUUGACCGACGUACUCCUGAAAAUGGUGGCCAGGGUGUGGUAGCAACCUACGAGAGCGAUGCUUUUUUCUGCUUUCAUAGCGUCAAUGCCUACGAAACCCCUUCUCAGACUGGAUCUGGAACCGAUAUCAUCGCGGAUUUGGUUGCAUAUGACAACCUCAACUGCUUGAAAAGCUUCUAUCUCGAGAACCUCCGGUCUGAUUCGCCGAACGCAGGGGAGAUAAAGGCAAAGCACCCAUACACUACCGUUCUCCUAAGAUAUCGGCUACCAUAUAUCCGCUCGGAAUCAAAAGAAACUCCUCUAUCGACUCCGCAGUCACGGCGUUCCUCUACGAUAUUACAGAACCCUACACGACCUCACAGGGCUACCCUUGAAUUCAAGUCUGAGCCAAUCCAGGCGCCUGAGCUGCCAACCAUGAACCCUCGAUAUAUUACCCGUCCUCACAGAUAUAUAUACGGGGUAAAUUUCACAGGGAACUCUACGUUCUUGGACGGGCUGGUGAAAAUGGAUACCAAGACACAUGAAGCAAAGUACUGGUCUUAUCAUGGACAAAAUGCAGGUGAACCUAUCUUCGUUCCCCGCACCAAGAGUGGCCCGUUUGGAUCAGGCUCGUUAAAUGGCGCUUCUCCUGAUGCUGAAGAUAUCGAUGACGAGGACGAUGGCGUGUUACUGUCGGUAGUCCUUGACGGGCUUUCGGGGAAGUCAUAUUUGCUUGUGCUGGAUGCAAAGACGAUGACAGAAGUCGGGAGAGCGGACGUCCACGGGGCUAUUGGGUUUGGAUUCCAUGGAGUGCAUGUGCGUUCUGAUGGUAAGAUGGUAACAGAUGUCUAA